AUUAUUAUAGUUACCAUUUGAAUGACGGUCUACAAAUGUAAUACCUAUUAUAGAUUAAAUAAUGUAAUAUUGUACUGUAUUUAAUAUAUGAUAAUUCAAAUCACAAACCGUGAUUCAUUGUUUGUAAUCUAGACCUUGAUACUUGUGACCACUGCUCUUAAGCGAUCACAAAUCACAAUAUUUUAUUUGAUCUAAAGCGGUACCGAUUAGUGUUUCGUUAUCAUUUAUGAUAAAAUAUAAUAUUUAAAAGUGUGAAUACAUUUAAACGAUCAAACAAUUGAUGAAUAAAUAAAGUUUUCAAAAUUUAAAUAUAAGGUAACAUUGAAUAAAAAUCUAGUGUUUUGAGUCAUGUGGAAAUGCCAUAAAUGUGGCAAACCAGUAUAUUUUGCGGAACGUAAACAGUCAUUGGGCUAUGACUGGCAUCCAGAAUGUCUACGAUGCGAAGAAUGUAGUAAACGAUUAAAUCCUGGACAGCAUGCAGAGCAUAAAGGUGUUCCAUAUUGCCAUGUUCCCUGUUAUGGUGUUCUUUUUGGACCUCAAUUGUAUGGUCAUGGUACUAGAGUGGAAUCUCAUACUAGUUUCGGUAGAGUUGAAAAUAAAUAUCCAUUUGGGCCAAAUGUUGAAAGGUCUGAAUUGGACGAGAAACUCAAAAUGUACAAUAAAUACUACGAGGGGCGUAGUGGAGAGAUUCGUAGUCGCGAAGUAAAUGGUCGUCCCAUACUGGAAGGAUCAUUACGAAUUCAUUGGGCUGUUACUGACAUGAUUCAUUUGAAAGAAGAUGAUGAUCAAAGAAUUAAAAAUAGAAUCCUCAGAGAAACGGAUGUGCCAUUAAUGAAACUUCAAAGUAAAUAUGUAACAAAUAAUUCAAAAAAUGGUCAUCAAAAUGGUAACAAUCUAAGCAAAUUUAAUACAUUACCAAGUAAUUUAUAUCACAACGAUACUAAGGAUGAACUUGAUGAGUUAUUGAAAGUUGAAGGAGAAGAAAAUAAUGAUGAAAAAUCACUUAAUACAAUAGCUAAUAUAGAAGCUAUUAUUCCAGAUAAAAAUGAUGAAUAUUCAAAAAAUUUUGAAUCUCAAAUAGAAAAAGAAGCAGUUGAUAAAACUUUGCUGAGAAGUCGUUCGCUGGAUGAUGAUAUCAGUGACAAUGAUUAUAAUGAUGAAGGACUUUCUGACCAUCCAGAUGAGUUUAUUAACAAUGUGGUAUUGCGUCAAAAAUCUGGUUCAACAGCAAUCAAAAGAAGAACAGGAAGAUUAAGUGGAAAGAAUAGAACAAAAUUAAAACGUAGAUGUUCUAUAAAUGGUCAUUUUUAUAACCGAGAAACAAGUUUUUUUACUCCUCCAUAUGGUAGUCAAAUGUCUGUUUGGGUUACUUCAUUAGUCACAACACCUGAAGUUAUUAAUUUGAUAUUAGACAAGUACAAAGUUGAUGGAAAAGCAAAUCAGUUUUCAAUAUUUCUUGUAUUUGAUAAUGGAGAACGCCGUAAAUUAUUGGAUGAUGAGUAUCCAUUGGUUGUAAGAUUAAUACAAGGACCACAUGAAGAUGUUUCAAGAUUGUAUUUAAUGGAAAGCCGAACCACAGAUGAAAUUAGUUGUGAUGUUGCUCAAUUUUUAAAUUUUAGUAUACCAGAGUGUAAAGCUAUUCUGGCCGGUUAUGAUGCUGAAGAAAAAAAACAUAUUGUUGCAGUACAAACAAAGUAUGAAGAAAUAAGAAGAAGAAUUAAACAACGCAUGGAACAGUUAAAAGUUCGACUUUAAUAACUAAUUUGUGAUUUUAUUUUAUUAAUAAUGAAAGUAAUAUUUCACUUUUUUUCUGUGAAUAAGAA